AUGCGGGCGGCGGCGGAGGUGCGGGACGGCGGCGCGGACGCGAGCGCGCGGGUAAAGGCGUUGAUUCGCCUGGCGCGCUCGCCCGGUGGGAUCGAAGAGGCGUGUGCGAGGAACGCGGUGACGCGGGUGAUGGGAUGCGCGAGCGCGAGCUGGAUUGAGGCGAGCGUGGACGGUGCGGGAAAGGUGCGCGCGCGGUGCGCGAGCGAGAGCGACGUGACGCGCGGGUACGGACGCGUGUUGUGCGGCGUCCUGAAUGGGAGCGCGGUCGAGGACGCGUUGACGAUGAGCGAUGGAUUCGUGGACGCGAUGGAGAUCGGGUUGGGGUCCAAGGUUGAGAAAUCGCGCGUGAAUGGGUUUAAGAAUAUGUUGGAGACGGCGAAGAAGCAGCUGCGGGCGGCGACGUCGAGCGCGGGCGGCGACCCGUUCCCGAGCUUGAUCAUCACAGCGAGCGAGGUUCGUUCGAGAGGAUCGUUCGCGGCGUCGCAAGCGUCGUACUUAGAGCCGGACGUUGGGAAGGUCAAGGCGCUCGUCGACGCGCUGCGGACGAAGAAGAUUGGCAUCGUCGCGCACUUUUACAUGGACCCCGAGGUUCAGGGCAUCUUGAUGGCGGCAAAGGCGGAGUACCCGCACAUCGCGAUCAGCGACUCGCUCGUCAUGGCCGAUCUCGCGGUAAAGAUGGUGGAGUCUGGGUGCGAGACCGUCGGCGUCUUGGGCGUCGAUUUCAUGUCCGAGAACGUGCGGGCGAUCAUCGAUGAAGCUGGGCAUCCAGAGGCCAAGGUGUACCGCAUGGCGGCGGAGGACAUCGGGUGCUCUCUCGCCGAAGCGGCGCAGAGCGAGAGCUACGAUCGCUACCUCACCGAGGCGGGGAAGACGAAAAACGGCGUGCACGUCAUCUACAUCAACACCGGACUCGACACCAAGGCUGGGGCGAACGCAAAGAUUCCGACCAUUACGUGCACGUCAUCCAACGUCGUGGCGACGGUUCUGCAAGCGGCGGCGCAGAUUCCGGACGUGAACGUAUUUUACGGUCCGGAUACGUACAUGGGUGGGAACUUGGCCGAACUCUUGCGCCGGAUGACCACCUGGAGCGACGAAGAGAUCAAGGAGAUGCAUCCGGCACACGACAGGGAGACGGUCAAGUCGCUCUUGCCUCGAUUGAAGUACUUUGACGACGGCACGUGUAUGGUGCACGAUAUGUUCGGCCGAGAUGUGUGCGAGACUGUUCGCGCGUAUUACGGAGACGCGUACCAAACCGCGCACUUUGAGGUCCCAGGCGAGAUGUUUAAGCUUGCCAUGGAGGCGAAGGAUCGCGGAUUGGGCGUCGUCGGAUCGACGCAGAAUAUUUUAGAUUACACGUGUGCGAGAGUGGAUGAGGCUAUUGCUCGAGCGUUGCCAGAGGGCGAGCGACUGAGAUUCGUUCUUGGCACCGAGACGGGCAUGGUCACGUCCAUCGUGCGCGCGGUGCAAGCGCGACUUCGUUCAGCGUGCGAUGCAGGUGUGUGCGGCGUCGAGGCUGAAAUUGUCUUCCCCGUUUCAAGCGACGCCGUCGCGGCGACGGGCGAUGCCGAUAUCCCCGUCGUCCCGGGUGUGCUCUCUGGCGAAGGAUGCUCGCUCGACGGUGGGUGCGCGUCGUGUCCGUACAUGAAGAUGAACUCGUACGAUGCGUUGAUGAAGAUGUGCGACCGCGUCGGGUCCGCUGCCGGUGAGGCUAUGCUCGCGGCGCAGGAGCCGCGCAAGUACGAGAGCGAAGAUGGUACGGGUCCGUCGAUCGCGUCUCAAGGAUGCGUCCCGAUCUUGCACAUGCGUCACUUUCAAAAGAACAAAACAUUUAGCGACGAGUUGGUGACGGACAUCACCGGGCGUGUCUGA